AUGACGGCGAUUGUGAACCCUCUGGAUACACUGUCCAAGGACACCCGACCUUGGUACAAGGUCGGGCAUCUCAUUAAAUUGAACUACAUUGUUCUGUCUCUUGUAAUGUUCUCAUCUUCUAAUGGAUAUGACGGCUCCAUCAUGGGUUCAUUGCUGGCUCUUACACGGUGGAAUGAGUUCAUGGGCAACCCCAGCGGAGCCUACUUGGGAUGGAUUGCUUCCAUCUACUGGCUUGGUACCGGCCUCGCGUUCCCCUGUGCCGCCUGGGUGAGCAACCGCUACGGACGUAAGCCUGGCAUCUUUCUGGGCUACGCAUUUCUUAUUCUGGGCGUGGGCAUGCAAGGCGCGGCCCAGAAUGAGGUCACCUUUACUUAUGCCCGACUGUUCUUUGGUUUUGCAUCGGCAUGGCUGGGCAACGGCCCUCCCCUCCUGAUCAACGAAAUCGCUUACCCUACCCACCGCUCUGUGGCUUCCAGUUUCUUCAUGUGCGGUUUCUAUGUCGGCGGCACUCUCUGCGCCUGGGUCACUUUCGGCUGCCGCAACAUUGCCUCUGACUGGUGCUGGCGUAUUCCUGCCAUCAUGCAGGUUGUCCUGCCGUUCCUCGCCCUUCCCGGUUUCCUCAUGUGCCCCGAGAGCCCUCGUUGGCUCAUCAGCGUCGGCCGAAAUGAAGAGGCUGCUGAGAUUCUGGCCAAGUACCAUGCUGGAGGUGACCGGAACAGCGAUCUUGUCGUGUAUCAGAUGCGCGAGAUCGCAGCCACCAUUAACGCUGAGAAGGAAGCCGCCAACAGUGCAUCCUAUGCCGACAUGACCAAGACCCCUGGAAACCGCCACCGUCUCUUCAUUUCUGUUACCCUCGGUAUCUUUGGACAGUGGGCUGGAAAUGGAAUUAUCACAUAUUACCUUCCCAACAUUCUGAACUCAAUUGGCGUCAGGACUGUCACUGAGCAGACCUUGAUCUCUGCUUGUCUGAAUGUCUGGAACCUAAUCUGGGCUGUUGCUGCUGCAUGCAGUGUUGACAAACUUGGCCGACGUGUCCUGUUCCUCUCUUCCGCGAGCAUCAUGCUCGUGAGCAUGGUUAUUGUGACAGGUCUGAGUGCAACAUUCGCUCGCAAUGAGUCACCAAGCGUUGGCCUUGCUGUCAUCCCCUUCUUGUUUACAUUCUACCUGGGCUACGAUAUUGCCCUAACUCCAUUCAUGACUGCCUACCCUUGCGAGAUCUGGCAGUUCACCCUUCGAUCCCACGGUGUUACCGUCACCUGGGUCUCGACGAUUGCCGCCAUCUUCUUCAACACAUUUGUCAAUCCCAUCGCGCUCGACAGUAUCCAGUGGAAGUACUACCUCGUUUUCAUCGUUGUGCUUGUCGUCAUGUUCGUCACCGUGUACUUCUGUUACCCUGAAACUCGCGGGUACAGUCUAGAGCAGAUGGCUGUCAUCUUCGACGGCGACGACAUGGCAGCUGUGGCAAUCGCGAGCGAGAAAAUGGGUGCCAUUGUUGAGCAUGAUGAUAACGCUGAAAGGGACGGUGGUGAGAAGGCUUAA